GCCCUCAGUGGUCAGCCGCACACAACUAUAAUUCUAUCCUUUGCAAUUUCUAGCUCUGGAUAGCUUCAUCAUCACUUUUACCGCUUGCAAAUUAAGCAUUUGUUUCUUUGUUUUCACCCGAGUAAAGAUCGUUGGUUGUCAGAAUGGGGGUACCUAAAUUUUACCGAUGGAUUUCGGAGCGAUAUCCUUGCCUGAGCCAAGCUGUGAAAGAACACCAGAUUCCGGAGUUUGACAACCUCUACCUGGACAUGAAUGGCAUCAUCCAUCACUGCUCCCACCCCAACGAUGAAGACGUUCACUUCCGCAUCACGCAGGAGAAGAUCUUUAGAGACAUCUCCCACUACAUAGAGGUGCUGUUCCGUAUCAUCAAGCCCAGGAAGGUGUUCUUCAUGGCAGUGGAUGGGGUCGCUCCCAGGGCUAAAAUGAACCAACAGCGGGGCCGGAGAUUCAAGACGGCUAAAGAGGCAGAGGAUAAGAUCAAAAAAGCCAUGGAAAAGGGGGAAGUCUUGCCCAAAGAGGCCAGAUUUGACUCCAACUGCAUUACUCCAGGGACGGACUUUAUGGCCAAACUACAGGAGCAGCUGAAGUACUUUGUGCAUAGCAAGCUCUCCACUGACCGGCUGUGGCAGGGGGUGAAGGUCUACCUGUCGGGCCAUGAGACGCCCGGGGAAGGAGAGCACAAAAUUAUGGAAUUCAUCCGUUCAGAGACCUCCAAGCCAGGACACGAUCCUAACACGCGACACUGCCUGUAUGGUUUAGAUGCCGACCUGAUCAUGCUGGGCCUCACCACCCAUGAGCCCCACUUCUCCCUCUUGAGAGAGGAGGUGCGCUUUGGAACAAGAAAGGACCAGAAAAGGAUCACCACUCCAGAGGAGACCACCUUUCAUCUGCUGCACCUGUCGCUUCUGAGGGAGUACAUAGACUACGAGUUUGCAGACCUCAAGCAAGAGGUCCCAUUUGAGUACGAUUUGGAGCGGAUUAUAGACGACUGGGUUCUGAUGGGUUUCCUGGUGGGCAAUGACUUCGUACCCCACCUGCCGUACCUACACAUCCACCAAGACGCUCUGUCGCACCUCUACCGCACCUACAUCAGCGUCAUGCCGACACUUCAGGGUUACCUCAAUGAGAAUGGCUAUUUGAAUCUGGACAACUUGGAGAAGUACUUGGAGAAGCUAUCAGAGUUUGAUCGGGAGCACUUCAGCGAGGUGUUUGAUGACCUCAAGUGGUUCAGGAGCAAAAUGGGGAACAAAUGCCUUGAGGAAACUGCUCAUCAGGCUUCAGAGGUUUCGAACAGCAAGAAACCAGUCAAGAAGAGAAAGUGCCAAGAGGACUCGCAGUGUUUAACCACAAUUGACAAAGAAAAGGAUGGUGGAGGCGGCCAGAACAAAGCCACAGAAUGCGGGAAGGGCGGAGAGGAAGAAGAGAUUUUUGAGGAAGAGUUCCGGCAGUACAAGCGAGUGUACUAUAUGUCCAAGAUGGGCAUUGAAGUUGUUUCAGAGGAAUUUCUAGCCAGCCAAGCCAAGUGCUACGUUGAAGCAAUCCAGUGGGUUCUGCAUUACUACUACCAUGGAGUCCAGUCAUGGAGCUGGUAUUACCCGCACCACUACGCCCCCUUCCUGUCUGAUGUGACAAACAUAAGCGACCUCAAGUUCACCUUCGACCUGGCAAAGCCCUUCAUGCCUUUCGAACAGCUGCUUGGAGUCCUGCCAUCUGCCAGCAAAGACCUUCUGCCCAAGUGCUACCAGCACCUGAUGACAUCCAGGAGCUCGCCCAUCAUCCACUACUACCCAGAGGAAUUCAACACAGACAUCAAUGGGAAACAGCAGGACUGGGAGGCUGUGGUCCUCAUCCCAUUCAUAGAUGAGAGAUUGCUCCUUGCUGCUAUGAAGCCUCAUAAUGGCCAGUUGACUAGGGCGGAGAAGGCCAGGAAUAGGCAUACGGAGUGUGCGCUGUACACGUUCGACAGAGACCUAGACUACUCCUUUGAGUCCCCUUUACCCGGCGUCUUCCCCUGCGUCGCUCACUGCCAUGUCAAAGUUACCUCGGUGCCCAUGGAUGCCUGGCGUGUAGCCCUGAGCCGUGAGACACACGGGGCAGACAGGGGGGCCCUCUACUUCUGUGGAUUCCCCACCCUAAAACACAUUCCCCACAAGUUCUACAAGAAGAGGUCUGGGGUAGUGGUGUUCCAGUACCAGAGUCGAGGGGACAACAUGAUCCUGGACAUCCUGGACAACCAAGACGGGGAUCCGGUGUGUGAUGAUGUGGCAGUGGAGCUCCUGGGGAAGGCGGUGUUCGUCAACUGGCCCCAUCUAGAGGAAGCCAGAGUGGUGGCUGUGUCCGAUGGCGAGAGCAAGUUCUUCCUGGAAGAGCCUCAAGGUGUUUCCAAGCUGUACCUGGAAAAGCCACCCCCAGUCAGAGUGCUGUACCUGAACGAGAAGGAGCAAAAAGAUUGGGAGAAGGAGGUGCAAGGCCUUACAGAGCAGUUUGAAAAGAGCAAGGGUGUGAUUAUAAACGAGACCGUGCUGGUGUUGUACACCCAGCUGCAGGUGGGAAGGAAGUACACACCGACCCCGGAGGGCAAGGUGCACCUGGAGAAGCAGUGGGCCAAGCAGAUCCUGCCCCAUGCCUACCAGACCGUCGUCAAGGACAUCAAGGCCUUUGACUCAUCCUCCUCCACCACUCGCUUUCGGACCCUGGAGGAACUCUACCCCCCUGGCAUUACUGUGUUCAUGGUGGGAAACCCAUUCUAUGGAACCAUGGGAGAGGUGCAAGACUCCAGUGAUGUCAUCACCGAGGGACGAGUGCGAGUGGUCUUCUCUACCCCUUGUGAGCCUCAGCUCGAUGCCUUAAUACGAAACCAGCAUAGAUACUCUGUGAAAUACAGUCCUGCCUACAUCUUGGCCACUCGUCUCGGCAUCACCCCCCACGCCGUCUCCAGGUUCUCCGGAAGCAUCUACCUGGGAAGAGGUUCCAAGAAGAACCCCCAUGAAAAGUAUGCAAACGUGGGCCUGAACCUCAAGUUCAACAAGAAGAACGAGGAAGUGCAGGGCUAUACCAAGAAGACGGAGAAGGAGUGGCUCUAUUCUGCCGCAGUAGAGGAGCUGCUUGCGGAGUACAUUGAGAGGUUCUCUGAGGUGUUUGACUAUGUGUCUAAUAACAGCAAUGAGGACAUCUUCUAUGAGGAUGACAUCUGGUCUGGAGAGGAUGGGAACGGUGCGGAGAAGGUGCAGGAGAUCACCAGCUGGCUGAAGACCCUCCCCGUCAGCACCACCUCCAGGACCUCAUGUGACCUCCAGAUCCUGGACACCGGCAUCGUGGAGAAGCUCGAGGAGGAAUUGGAAAAGGCCAAGGUGAAGAGGAGCAACAAGAAAGUGCGGGUGACUGUGAAGCCACAUCUGCUGUACAGGCCUCUAGAGCAGCAGCAUGGCGUGGUGCCUGACCCAGAUGCGCAGUAUUGGCUGCUGGAUCGUGUGGUGAACGUGAGGGAGGGCUUCUCAGUUCCUCUCGGCCUCAGAGGAACCGUCAUCGGCAUCAGAGGAGCCGAGCGGGAAGCUGAGGUCUUGUACGAUGUCAUGUUUGAUGAGGAGUUCACAGGCGGACUCACCAUCAGGUGUUCUGGAGGUCGUGUGUACCGGUUGCCUGCGAGCGCCUUGAUAAACGUCAGCCAUGGUGCUCGCCUAGAGCAGCAGGGCUCCCAUAAGCCCACAGCCGCCGUCAAGCCCUCCCCCCUCUCAGCCUCCCUCUCCUCUCGGCCUCGACGCAAGAUACUGCAGAUAACCGGCCUCCCCCACCCCCCUCGCUCCACACUCGUCCCCACACAGCUACUUAAGGGUAAAGGCUCCAAUCUCAAGGCUGAUCCUAGGGUUAACAGACACUUGCCUCUCAAAGCCCUCAAUCAGAGAAACCAGCAGAAAGUUAAGGUCACUGGUAAGGCAGAGGACUACAGCAGUGUAUGGCAGUCCCUUCAGGGCUCUGCAGGACCCGGGAAACCACCAGCUCACUCCCACAAGAAUAAUUCACGAGGUGGCAUCAGACUGUUGAAGAGAAGUGAGGAUUUAAGUUCAGCAUCCGCUCAGGAGCAGCCAAAUAUGGUGAGAGCUUUGGAGACUUCCUCUGAGUUUGAAGACAUUAUUGCAAAUCUGAAGAUCACCAAAGGAUAUGACGUUGUUCCUCCAUGUCCAUCCAAGGAGGAAGGACAGUCGGGCGAGCCGCUUUCUCCCCUGAAGGGAACGCUGAUUCUGAAGGAGAUACUGAAGAUCGAUGACUCCCCUGGCCCCGCCUCUACUGACACACCACCUAGUACCACUCAGCCAAUCACACGACAGCAGAAGCGGCGAAAGCGCACCACUAAAAAACUUGCUGUGAACUUUACGAACGCCCCCCAGCCUGCUCCAGAAUCCACUGGUUGCCCUGGUUCCCCUCGGCCCCCAGGGCCCACAGCACUGCUCCCCAGCCCAGAGGCAGCAGCCGAGCUGGGCCGUCUCUGCAUGAGCUGUGGCAUGGGGCCACCGGAGUUCACCUACUUACGCACCGCACAGGGUCUGGUGGUUUGCCAGGUGAGGCUGUCCACUGGUCUACUGGUGCACGGCCCCCACUGCCAGUCAGAAGACGUCGCUAAAGAGAAGGCAGCGUUCAUAGCCCUGCAAAGAUUGCAGAAGUUGUCUGUGGCCUCUGGAUUCCCCCGCCCCCCUGCUAUGCUGUCAGGAGUGCCACCACUGAGGCCGACGCCUCCCCAGCCCACCAUGCAUGCCCAGCAGCGUCCCGCCCUCCUCAUGCCUCCCCAGGCCUACGGCUCCCCUGCCCCUGCUCGGCCAUGGGUCCGCCCGACUCUACCCCCCCACCCCCACCAGGGCCAGCAACCUUUCUACCGUGGAGCCUUCCCUGUGGGCAGGGGCCGUGCCAGGGUCCCCCCACCACCACCGCUGCCCGCCAUGGCCAUUGGUACCCGGAAUACUUUUGUGCCUCGUCAGCUCCGGCAGCUAACCUGACUCUCUAUAGGUGAACGAUGUGAUCCGCCAUGUUGAGUUUGCCAUGCUCGACGGAACUGCGUUAUCAGACAGUAGCACCAUGUUC